CUCUCUCUCUUGGGAUCCUCCCAGAUCCCCUCCUCAUCUCCUCCCGCACCAACCACAGCUCCAACUCGUGUUCAUCACCGGCCCAACCAGCCACAUCUGCAUCAGGAUCCCUCCCGAUCCGUCCAACUAGUUCAGCCGCCUUGCGGCACCCUCGCCCCCGAGCUCCAACGGGAUCCGCGCCCCGGGAUCCCCUGCUUCGACCACCUCCUGGAGCCCGACCACGUCGCUGCUCCUCCCCUGCUCCCUUGCCCAUUCUCUUCGUUCAAGCUCGCUCUAACUCACCCGUCUCCCUCUCUCUCUGAGGUGACCACAUGAGAAGCAGCACCCUCGCCGGAGCACCACGGUGCCCCGAUUUCCCGCGCCCCCUCUCAAACCAGGAGCCGAAGCUAGUCCACGCGCUGCCCAACAGCAUUGCGCCCCGCCUCGACUCGCCAUGGAGACCACCGCGGGCUUCAACACCGCCAUCUCGUGCUGCAUCGCCGCAGAUGCCCGUGUCAUCGAACGCCGCUGCCUCCUCUGCUUCAGACCACCGCGCUGGUCGCCGGAUCUGAACCUAGGCGCCUUCCUCACCCGCUCCCGCGUUCGAAAUGAGCAGCAUCUCCCACAACCAUGGCCGCCUGUCCCUGGAGAUGGAGCCGCGCAGCCCUUAUCACCUACCAGCUCGAGUCGCCUAUGCUUCGUCCUUGCCGCCCGCUCGUGCUCCGGGAUAGGAACCCGGCGCCUGACGCCCGAGCCCCAUGGCCACCGCAGCCCUGAAUCAGCUCGACCUCACCUUGACUGCGCCUCCACCGCCCGGAUUCACGCCGCUGGCAAGCCCCUACCUCCUUGCUCACCUCGCACCGCUCCCAAGACCGGUCGCCGCCCUGCUGCCAUGUUCUGCUGCACCGAACCACUGCGUCCUUUAGCUUCGUCAGAACACGAGCGAUGCCAUGCCGCGUUGACCCUUUCGAUCGAGCCAAGCAGGCCUGGCUCCGGCCAACCUCUCCAUCGAAUGGCCCACGAGGCCCAAAUUCCAUUAAUGUCGCGUUUGUGAGGUUUCAAUCGACUUCGUCCGUUUGUCUUCU